AUGCCUCACUUCAACAACAACCCUUUUCAGUACGUCAAUGGGCACCACGAGCCCGGCCAGAGCAGCCAGUCCGGGGCCAGCGAACCCAGGGCGCGGAAGUCCGGCUUCGCCGUCAGCGAUCUUCUCAACCCCAUGGGUCCAGGUAGUGUCUACGGAGGAGAUCACACACCGCCAGACAGGGUGACGCCUCCGAGGGCUUGGCCCCAUAGAGAUGGGCUCAUGUCCUCUCCUGACAACUACACCUACUCCAGGCCGGAAGGGUCAGGGCGGGCACGCUUGCCGGACAUUGAGGGGCUUCGCCGCCUGCCGCCCCCCGGCACACCCCGGUCUCCGCUCUCCCCUCCCCGCGCGUCCUUUUCUCCCCGCGCGUCCUUUUCCUUCCCGCCGCUGGGCUGCACCGCCGCCGCCUGCCCUCCUGCCGAGCCCACCGGCGUCACCCUUCGCGGGAACGACUCUGAGGAAUCAUCUUCGCCGCCCCCGCGCGAGGGGCAGGAGCGGCGGGCCCACUCCCACACCUCGUCCAGACCGCGGCACAAUUUCCCGUCCGAAGUCCUGAGGGUGUUUUUGUCCAAGGCCGAGGAGAGGAUUCUGGUGAACGACGAGAGGUGUCGGGUAACCAGGGAGGAGAUGAAGGAGAUGAAGGCCCAAACCGGCGUUGACCUCAAGAAAAUCGAGACGUGGUACACCAACCACCGACGGCGCGGCUACCCUCAACAGAUGGCCGACGUCCUUCACAGAGAAGUCGAGAAACGGCGAAAGGCGUACGUUGCAGCCAUGGAGAGACGCGACCAGAUCAAGCAGGCGGCGAACAGCGGCAGCGGCGGCUCCCUCGAGGAACUCGGCGAGGCGUACAAGGAUCUCGUGGCGCAGAGAGCCCUGCUGGACAAGCUCAUCGCGUGGGCGGACGCGGCGGACCAGAGGUUGGCGGCCCACAAGAACAGGACGAGAGGGCCGGCAGGGUAG